ACGUAUAGGCUUGACAAGACAACGUACAAGCUAGUAACUUAUUGUUCACUGCACACAUACAAGUUAUCCUGCUGAGAUGCACUGCUUCCUCAGGCUUCAGUCAUAACCAGGCAUAGCCGACCACCCCUGCACAAUCGCAACGAUGAAUACCUGCCAACGUAUCUGUAGUGCUUCACAGCAAGCGCGCCUAGCUCGCCCACUGCCUUGCGUGAGGCUCCCAUGCGUCGACAGAGUUUGUGGUGCACGACCUCCGUUAAUAAGCCGCGGACUGUUCCUUAGACAACACCAUAUAAGAGGCGCUGUGCUGCAAGCAUCGUCGGCAGCCGCUGCUGCACUUCAGGACGAGCAGUCGGUUGUUGGCCGGAUAAAGCGUCGCCUGACAAAGGCGCUAUGCUCCGAGCACGACAAGGAGAUCUUUGCAGUGGCGAUACCAGCUUUUAUUGGGCUAGCGUUGGAGCCUCUGGUCAACGCGGUUAACGCGGGCCUUGUUGGGCACCUUGGCACCCAGCAGCUUAGCGCCGUGUCUAUCGGCUCUAUCGCGCUCAACGCGGCCAUCUUCCUUUUCUCCUUCCUGCUGUUCCUGACGGUGCCGGAGGUCGCAGCGGCGGUCGUCAAGAAUGACGAGGAAGAGGUGUCCCGUGUUACCGCCCAGAGCCUGUGGGUUGCUGCCGGCUGCGGCUGCAUCACGGCUGCUGCCGUCGGACUCAACGCGGCCAACAUCGUUGCGGCCCUCAGGCCCCCCGAGGCUGUCGUAGCCGCCAUGGCCACUCAGUACAUCCAGAUCCGCUCACUGGGUAUCCCCGCGGCCCUGCUGGGGUUCGUGGCUACCGGGGUGUUCCGGGGUUUCAAGGACACACGCACGCCGCUGGCUGGCACUGCCGCCUCGGUGGCACUCAGCCUGUGCAGCCACCUGCUGCUGCUGAACGUCCUGCACAUGGGUGUGUUGGGCGCCGCCCUGGCCUCUACCGCCGCCUCCCUCGCCUCCUCCGCCCUGCUCGUGGGUGCCCUCAUCGCGCGGCGCAAGGUGCGACCUCGACACCUGACGGACCCGCCGCCGCUGCGGGCGGUGCUGCCGCUGCUGCAGCGGGGCUUCAUGCUGGGCGCGAAGAACAUGGUGACCUUUGGCAUGAUCCUGUUUGCCUCCACGCUGUGCGCCCGGCGCGGCUCCGCCUUCCAGGCCUCCUUCGAGGUGCUCCGGCAGCUGUGGAUGAUCACCAUGCCCUUCUUCGAGUGCGCCUCCGUGGCGGCGCAGGCGCUGUGUGCCACGGCGUUGGGGCAGCAGGACGUGCGCACCGCGGCGCUGCUGCUCCGUCGUCUGCUGGUGCUGGGUACGUGUGUGGGCGGGUGUGCGGGUGCGGUGGUGUGGCUGCUGCACCCCGCACUCAUCGCGGUCUUCACGAGGGACACGGCGGUGGUGCAGCUGGUGAUGUCGGCACUGCCCCUCAUUUGCAUCUUCUUCGCCAUUGACGCCGCGGGUUCCAUCAUGGACGGAUCUCUGCUGGCUGCCAAGCAGUCCACCUACAUGUCUGCAGUACAGAUCGCGGGAUCUGUCGUACAGUACUUUGCACUGCUGUACAUCGCGAGCUCGGGCAACGUGGGCACGUUCAGCGUCUGGGCUGUAAUCAAGGUUAUGCCGGUCUUCCGGUUGUUCGGUGGCGGUUGGCGCAACUUCGUAUCCGCCCGGAGUGCCUACCUGGAGCCCAACACCGCCAACAGCUGCAACAGCAGCAGUAGCGAAACGAACGACAGCUAUAGCAUCGACAACAGCAGUACCAGCACGACCUCUGCCAACGCACCAAUUGGCCAUGCAGGCAGCUCCGAUAGUAGCAGCCACAUUACCCAAAACGGAGUCGAAGCAUAUCAUCAGCAGCACCCGCACCAGCAGCAGCGCAUGACCCAUGGGUCGGCGCCCUCAUCCUCAGCACCAGCACCCGCAACAGCAGCUCCAACAAUACCGGUGCCAACCGCAGCAGCAGCAGCAGCCACCGCAGCCGCCACCGCUGCUGCUGCCGACGCGGCUGCUGCAGCAGUAGCAGCAGCAGCCGCCUCCGCCGCCAUGUGCAGCGGAGGUGACGGGGCGGUGGGCGAGGUGGAGAUGGCGGUGGCGGCGGCACUCGUGGACACCGGGGUAAUGACGUCAGCACCGCCGCCAUCACCACCACCGUUACCGUCAUCACCGCUGCCAGCUGCGUCGCCGCAGUCCUCCGCCUCGUCGGCUGCUGGCGCUGCUGGUGUUGGUGCUAGUGCUGCUCCUGCGGGGUAGGGAGGUGUAGGGUUGCGGAACUGGUUGUUGCUACCGCCGCCGCGGGGGUGGAGUGGGGUGGUGGAGGGACUGGAGUCAAGUUCCUGUAGGCAGCAGCAGCAGCAGCAGCUUAUGCAUGGGCAUGCAAUUGGGGGUUCAUGUGGCCACAGAGACCCACAACGGGGUCCACAACAGUGCAGCUUUUAUGGCUGGGGAGCAACGGACGCAUGCGUGCGUGUGAAAGGGGUACUUUGAUUGUGGGGGAUGUGGGAUUGACUGACGAAGAGUUGCGAGCGAGAGAGUGGGGCUGAUCUGGUUAGCGCGAACUCCAUGGAGGCCACAGAAGUACGAAUGUGCGAGCAUGUGUUGCAACGAGCGAACGUGUUAUCAGGCAGACCGGGUAUACCCGUGUUUACAUUCAUUCUUCGCAGCCAUAGGACUGCAGGAUAGGAUAGGACUGCACGUGGGGAUGUAGAGGCCACAUAACCACAACAGUGUGCAUGCUGAUACGCCGAAAAGGAUAGAAUAAUAAAGGGAGUGUGCGGCGUGUUACGGCCCUUGCAUGCUACCGGGACUUGGAGGGAGCACAUCUGAGCGCUUCCAAAUACACACCCAUAACACACGGCCAGUUGUUUCGUCACACUUGUGUUGAUGUUGGUUUCGUGUUGUUGGUUUUCAUAGUGCCCGCGCAGUCGACGUUCGAGGAGCGUUGUUCAGGGAGUUCGGAGGAGGCUCCUCCUGGUGGUUGUGGGCGGCUUUUUACAACGCUCUUGGAGAUAAUGACAUGAAGAAUGGACUUGAACGGCAACGCGUUUAGAGCAGGAGUCAGGUGCCGUAGAGUGCGUGUGAGGCUCCAAGAGAGUUGCAAGCGUGACAAUGCGUGACAAUGCAGGCAGGUGCGUGUGUGUGACGAUAUGCGUGUGGGAGUGUAUGUUGUGAAAACUGGCCUGGGUCUCUUAAGCACUGGCGCUGAACGGCUUUGAUGCCAUUCUUAUGGCAGCGCUUCUGUGCUGGUGUGAUUGGCACUCUCCCGCGCAUUGAUGGUGUGAUGCACGCCGUCAUGCAUGCGUAUAGCAAUUGUGGUCCUGCGGUCUAAGGCAUGUGCUGCAUGCAUGCCCAGAGGCAGUUGUGCGGGCAUUUGUAAAUGAGGAG